AUGAAGUACAUUCUUUACUCAACCUGCUUCUUCUUUUUCAUCCUCGUCACAGCGCUCUACUUUACUCGCGAACACUGGCGCCAUCGAGUGCCCAACAUCCACGUUCCGGGUGCAGACUACAUCUACUCGCGCCUUCCCGACAGCUUUUCGGGUGAUAUCGAUGCAGGGCUAUCAAGCAGCACGUUCGAUCUGAGUAGUAAUGUGGAGGCGGGAGACAGCCGCAGGGGACUAGAUGAUGCGGCCAAGACAGAAGUAUUGAAGAUCAUGAAGAAGAGGAGAAUGAACUUCGACCAGGCACGAAAAGUGUACAUGGAGAAUCGAUUCCAAGCCAACGGCAUCGGCGCUGAUGGAAGACCGCGCGAUCCGAAGUUCGUCAGCUUUUCUUAA